AUUAAUUAGCAUUCAUUCAUUAAGAAUAAUGCUGGCAAGAACUGGAAAGUCUAUAUCUAAUACCAUUGUUUUGGCUAAUAUAAAGUUCUCUUCAAGAGUAUUAAAAUCAAAAUGCAAACUUUUAUACUAUGAUAUUUCAUUAAAUAAAACAAUUUACUCCAAUUAUACAGUCAAUCUAACCAGUGAUUUGCCCUUAAAAAUUAAACUAGUCAUAUUUGACAAAGACGGUACACUUAUAUGCUUUAAUUCCUUAUGGAAACCAUGGCUUGAUAACAUUAUUACAAAUAUAGAAAAUAGCACUCAGCUAGAUUUAAAAUCAAAACUAUAUGAAGCUUUGGGAUAUAAUGAGAUUAGUCAAAAAUUUAUACCAGGAAUUGUUGCAGAGGGAACAGUUUUUCAAACUAAAAACAAAAUUAUAGAUUUGCUGGUUUCUCAAGAAGGUUUUUCACCUCACUACGCUGAAAAGAUUGUAGGGCAAGCGUACUCCAACUCGGCCUCACAUUUCAAAAAUAUAGUAGUUGAUUUUCAGCAUGGUCAAAAUAAUACACCAUUUUAUGAUAAUGACCAAAAUAACUCAACCUCUGACAAUAAAUUUUGUACUACUUAUAUUCGUAAAUUCGAUCAUUUUAACAACGAUAUUACUUCUCAGAAUUCCACGUCUUCUCCUAAUUUCGUAUCAAACGAAAAAAAGAUACCGCUUAAUAAUACCGAUGGCACCCACCAUAAUAGCCCGGAAUAUACAAACGUUACCUCGAAAUUUCAAUCAACCAUCGAAACACAACCCAAGCCUAUGACGCUUAAACAAUUAGCCGAUCUUCGUUCUCUGUUUACCCUUUUAAAAUCUCGUGGCCUCAAAAUUGCACUUUGCACUUCUGAUGACCGAGCCCUGACAAUUUCAACUCUCAAGCGCUUAGGUCGGCUCGACACCUUGUUAGACUUUAUAGUUUGCGGGGAUGACCCGGGUUCAACUCCCAAGCCUUCUCCGCUAAACGCACUCAAAAUAUGCGAAAAGUUGGGCAUACCUCCCAGCGAAACAGCUGUCGUAGGCGAUACGGGCGUAGAUAUGGGGAUGGGUAAAUCGGCCGGACUAGGACUUAUAGUAGGCAUCCUUACCGGCAUAGGGGAUGGUCCACUCCUAACGCGGGAAGGGGCCCAUCAUUUAGCUGACGAUUUAAAUCACUUUAUUGAAAUUUUAUAUGCCACCGGAGAGGAAGGCCUAAAAAAUAAGGGUCAUAGCAAUCUUGGCUCGCUUUCAAAUACUCAUAAUAAAUCCCAAAAUAUCGAUAAACUAACGAAUAUCCAUGGUUCAAUUAAACGUCAUUUCUCCUCUACCACAUUAAUUUGUAAAGGUUUACAAGAACCUAAACUUAAUCAUUCCGUUUUCAAGAAACUGUUUAGCAAGCGGCGACGAUGGAUAGGUGAUGUUCAAGCCGCCGCCGAUAAUGGACCUUAUGAUUAUAUAAUAGUUGGAGCCGGAUCUGCUGGCUGUGUAUUGGCCAAUAGGCUGACAGAGGAUCCUGGUAUGAAAGUUUUGCUAAUAGAAGCUGGUCCCCCGGAUUACUGGUGGAAUUGGAAAAUCAGUAUGCCCGCCGCCCUCAUGUACAAUCUUUGUCACGACAAGUAUAAUUGGUUUUAUAAAACUGUGCCUCAACGCCACCUUAACAACAGGGUUAUGUAUUGGCCUAGAGGCAGAGUAUGGGGCGGUUCCUCAUCCCUAAACGCUAUGGUGUAUAUAAGAGGCCAUGCCCUCGAUUACGAUAGAUGGUGCUACAUGUACAACUGUGAAGGCUGGUCUUAUCGAGAUUGCUUGCCCUACUUUAAGAAAGCUGAAGGGCAUGAUGAUCUGCCCGGAGAUAUGUAUAUCGGAGAUAAAGGUCCUCUCCACGUCAGUAGAGCUAAGAUGGCGAAUCCUCUAUAUAAAGCUUUUAUUGAAGCCGGUCAACAAGCCAGUUAUCCUUACACUAGUGAUAUGAAUGGAUUUCAGCAGGAAGGCGUGGGACCGAUGGACAUGACUAUACAUAACGGAGUUAGAUGGAGCACUUCAAAAGCCUACCUCAGACCUGCACUCAUAAGACCUAAUCUUUAUGUGCUUAGCAAUGCAUUGGUUCAUAAAAUAGUUAUGGACGAUGCCAACAAAACGGCUCAAGCUGUAUUUGUAUGCCCUAAUUUCAAUGCCAAGAAUGCAAUCGAGUUUAAUAUAUCUAAUAAAAGCCUAUCAAUAAAAACUAAAGGAGAAAUUAUUCUUUGUGGUGGUGCUAUCAAUUCACCUCAGUUACUUAUGCUAUCUGGAAUCGUGUGCUCAAUAUUUGGUUGUUACACCAGGAAAGGCCCAGCUUCUCAUUGUCUGAGCCGAAACAUUCCAUCUGUGAUAGAUUCUCCUGGCGUGGGUUCAAAUCUAAUGGACCAUUUAGAAGUUUAUGUUCAAGCCCGAUGUAAACAACCCAUAACCCUUUAUAAUGCCACCUGGAAUUUUCCUCUUAAUACUAUACGAAUAGGACUCAAUUGGUUCCUCAAUCAAAAGGGUUUAGCAUCUACUUCCCACUUAGAAACAGGGGGCUUCAUUAGGAGUUGUAUAGACGAUGGUUUUCGUGAUGCUAACUCGGGCGGAAGCGCCAAUUUUACAAAAAAUGAAGGAAUAAACAAUUUAUUCGAUAAAGUACAACCCGAUAUACAAUUUCAUUUUUUGGCCGGACUCGUCGAGGAUCACGGGCGAAAAGAAGCCACCUUCCACGCAUAUCAAGUUCACGUAGGAUCUAUGCGUCCAUCUUCGCGGGGUUUUAUUAGACUCGUUGAUUCCAAUCCUUUUAGUCAUCCGGCCAUAGAUCCUAAUUACUUAUCUACUGCAAAGGAUAUAGCCGAAGCUAAAGCCUGUAUUCAAGUAGCUAGAGAUAUCUUUUCUCAGUCAGCUUUCGAGCCCUUUAGAGAUGCCGAAAUCAGUCCAGGACCUAAUAAUGAUGUCGAAGAGUUUUUUAAGAAAAAAUGCGAUAGUGCUUAUCAUCCAUCGGGCACUUGCAGAAUGGGAAUAGAUCAUGAGAAAAAGGGAAAUGAAACCUCGCCUGUAGUCGAUUCGCAAUUAAGAGUUUAUGGGACGAGCGGUAAUCUCAGAGUGGUCGAUGCUUCUAUCAUGCCAUCUAUACCUUCUGGCAACCUUAACGCGCCUGUUAUUAUGAUUGCAGAAAAAGCAGCGGACAUAAUCAAAGGCAAACCUCCUUUAAAACUUGAUAUAUCAUCUAAUCACAAUCAUCACACCGGUCGCUUAUUUUAUGUGGCUCCCGAAUUUGAGGCUUACUUAAAAGAUUAUGAAAUGAAUCCGUCGAAAACCUGGAAAAAGUUUAGUGAUUGUGGGAAUACAAUGUCAGAUGUUGUAAUGCAGGAAUCAGCAAUUUAAAGAUGCAUGGGCAAUGAUGAAAUUUAAAGAUAUUUAAUUUUUUUAAACACUAUUUAUUCGUUAUAGGAUAAAUUAAAUAUUCCUUAUUUUUAUAAUGAAAUAUAUUAUAAAAUAUCUGGAUUUUUUUAUAAAUUGCGCUCUAUAUUGUCUUUUUAAGAAUAGCAAUAACAUCCUUAUAUUAUAAAACAAUUUAUUUAUUUUUUGGAUUAUUAAGACCCUGUGAAAUUUUUUAA